CAAAUGUCAUCGAAUGUCAUGAUAAAUUUCUUUUUGUGUAAAAUGAGUAAUAAAAUGUUUAGUUGUUUUGUCCUUUACAUCUGACCAUUAAAUUGAUAACCAAAGGUUACAAGACACCAGAAGCCGAUAAACAAAACCGAAAACGUAUUCUUGCUCUCACCCGAAACGAAUUAUCGCGAAGAAAAUAUUCCUUUCGCCGUUUUAUUAGCGAAAAGUGGCAAACAACAUUUGACUGUUUGCAAACUGUUGCGUUGUGUCUCUGGUUAUUAUUUAUCGUGUGUGUUUACGACAACGAAAACAAUUUCUCGACUCAUAAGACUGAUUUUGGAACAAAACAUUCUUCUACGCUCCACUUGUGACCCGACAUUAUUGUUGUAAUUAUCAUCAUUCGGAAAGGAAAAUGGAUAAAUUAAAGAGAGUUUUAAGUGGAAACGAUGCAACUCCUGAGGAAUCCGACGGAAUCUUACCAUAUAUCAAUGAGGCUUCAACAUUGAGCUGGUCGACACGCAUCAAAGCCUUUUGCAUUUGCUUCGUACUUGGCAUUGCAUUGUCAUUGUUGGGCUCCUUUGCUCUGUUCAUGCACAAAGGCCUUGCAGUUUUUGCCGUAUUCUAUACCCUCGGUAACAUUGUGUCGAUGGCAAGUACCUGCUUCCUUAUGGGUCCUUUCAAUCAAAUGAAAAAAAUGUUUUCAUCAACUCGAUUGGUAGCAACAUUGAUUGUGAUUGGAUCAUUUAUAUUGACACUAGUGGCGGCUAUUGUGUUGCAUAAAGCUCUUUUGGCCUUGAUAUGCAUUAUCGUCCAAUCACUGGCAAUGACUUGGUAUUCUUUGUCGUAUAUUCCAUGGGCUCGAGACGCUGUCAAGAAGACUAUUACCACAUGCAUUGUGUAGGGAUGAUUUAUGUAAUAACUUCGUUAACAGAGAGAAUGUGAAUAACUCAAAAAGAAGAAAGAAAUUCGAAAAAGCAGCAUUACUAACAGUGGCAUUUGUACUGGCAAAUAUUUAUUCUAAUUUAGAUUGAGUAUAUAAUGCGUAUGCUUAAGUAAAGAUACAUUUUUGGAAGCCGCUAAGGUUUUAUAUUAUUUUUAUAAACUAUUUAGGUCUCAAUAUACCGAAAUAUAUGCCCUCAUAGACUCAAUGGACAA